GUCUUUGGUGGUCCAAAAGUGAUCUCCAAAGUUACUGAAGUACGGAAAUAACAUACUUUUGCAAAUUAAAGUCAAACGCGCACGAUUAUUUUAAUGUAUACAUAAUAUAAACCCUCGUCACGGUCUUGUUUUGUAAACUUAAAUUAUAGAAACAUUUUAUUAAAUAAACAGCGCAUUUUACUUGUGUCACCAAACUGUAUUUUUAACAACUCACAAGAUUAUAAACUGUUUUAAAACUUUCGACAAAGCUUACUUUUUAAAUCUCUGUAGUGUAAACAGAGACAGACCACACACAGACUGGGAUUCAGGCUGAGAGAGACGGAGAUCCGCCAUUGCGGUGGUAACGGUAGUUUCUGUGUCCCGUCAGCGUCAAACUGUAAAUAAAGUCACGAUAUCGACACAUUUACGUUAAAGCGACGUUUAAUACCACCUAAAGCAGCGAGGACAUCUUUGUGAAAUGAUUAAGCAACGGAUCUCUGUAUCUCUGCAAACAAAUCCAUGGUCUGCAUAUGGAUGAUGUAGUGCACUUACCAUGAACACCAGCAGCAAUGAAACCUCCCUGGCGAACACCACAGAUGUGGAAAACCGCAGCGCCUGGAUCCUGGAGUCUGUCAUCAUAUUAGCCAUUGCCGUGUUUGUAUGUCUGGGCAAUCUGCUAGUUGUGCUGACUCUUUAUCGGAAGCCGUAUCUAUUAACGCCAAGCAAUAAGUUUGUGUUCAGCCUUACGCUUUCCAACCUCCUGUUGUCUGUUCUGGUUCUGCCGUUUGUCGUGGCCAGUUCUGUUCGUGGAGAAUGGCUGUUUGGUGUUGUAUGGUGCAACUUCUCGGCUCUGCUAUAUCUGCUCAUCAGCUCUGCCAGCAUGCUCACGUUGGGAGCCAUUGCCAUUGACAGGUACUACGCUGUUCUCUUCCCAAUGGUCUACCCCAUCAAGAUCACCGGUAAUCGAGCAUCGCUGGCUAUCGUCUACCUGUGGCUUCACUCUCUUUUAGGUUGCCUUCCUCCUCUUUUCGGCUGGUCCACCUUCGAGUUCGACCCCUUCAAGAAGACCUGCACUGUGGCCUGGUAUCGUGAGGUCAGCUACACUGCAUUCUGGGUAGUGUGGUGCUGUCUGGUCCCCCUGUCCGCCAUGCUCAUAUGCUACGGCCUAAUCUUUCGUGUUGCACGACACAAAGCUCGUAAAGUGCAUUGUGGGACGGUUGUCAUCGUUCAAUCGUCAUCCAAUCGAAAUGGACGCAAAAACUCCACCGCCUCGGUUUCCUCCAUUGGUAGCCGCAAAGGUUUAAUCUACGCCGGCAGCCAGUGUAAAGCAUUGGUUACUAUUUUGGUGGUCAUUGGGACUUAUUUGAUGACAUGGGGGCCGUAUGUGGUUGUGAUCUGCACUGAGGCCUUAUGGGGGAGAGGAAGUGUGUCAUCCUGUUUGGAGACCGCGGUGUCCUGGCUGUCCUUCAUCAGUGCGGCUUGUCAUCCUCUUAUAUACGGGCUGUGGAAUAAGACCGUGAGGAAAGAACUACUGGGCAUGUGCUGCACUGAUCACCACUACAGGGAAUCAUUCGUUAGUCGCCAUAGGAAGAACCGCCUUUUUAGCAUCUCCAACCGAAUCACAGAUCUUGGCAUGUCUCCGCACCUGACGGCUGUGUUGGCCGGAGGAGGACAGCUUUUAGGAGCUGGCAGCAGCACAGGUGACACUGGCUUCAGCUUCUCCCAGGACUCAGGGACAGACACCAUGUUGCUGGAUAAUUAUUCUGAAGGGGCAGAAAACUCACACUACUCUGCUUUAUUCAACAAGCGCAGGAGUUCAGUCAUGUUUGAGGACCAGGUGGAACCGCAGAUGAAAGGGGAGGAGGAGUCUCAGCAGUUGAAGGCGGAGCUUCAUCAGGUGAUUGACAGUUUCGCCUCCAGCAUGGCGAAGGCCAUCGAGAGUGACGCUAAACUCCAGCUGUUCAGUAGCGAGACUCAGAUGGACAGAUCUUCAUCAUGUCGAGCCGCACAAAGAGGCUCACGACAGACGGACGGACAGAGAGCUCGACUACAGAGUAUAGACGAAGGCAUCGGCGCUGAUGACAGAGAUCAAGACCACGAGGACGAUAUCGAGGAAAUAUGCGCAUAAAUUAAUUUACAUUUUCAGUACGGUAGGUGUUUGACAAAAGCCAAGAAUCUCCAAAUUCCGUCACUGACAUUAAUACUGCAAAGAUUCCAUCAUAUUCAUCCUACAAAAGAUCAAAAUAAAUCAAGCAUGGCUGGAAAAAAGUUACAUUUCCAACCAAUUAAAAAAACAUUUAUGUUUUAUAUAAAGCAGAUUUAUAUAAGGGCUAGUUUCUGUUCAAAUAAAUAUGUCACAAAAUGGGUUUAUACAAAAAUAUUAAGACUACAAAAACAUUUUCACUUACAGAAAAUUAGUAGACAAAUAAGACAAAACAAUUGACAAUUAAAAACAAUUGACAAUUAUGAACAACAUGUUUAUAAAGUAGUUUAAUAAAAAAAUAAAAUCAUAAAAAUGGUUAAACAUUUUUUAGAUUGGAGGACAGUAUUUAAAAAAAAA